ACAGACUGCUGAGAUGUAGGAUGUAAUCCGAGCACGCACUGUCGUACGAUGUAGGAGGAUCAUGAAAAAGAGAUUCGAGAAGUACGUGCACUCGUGGACUCAGUCUGGAGACGGUCAUUGUCAACUUUGCUGUUUGUUACAAUAUUGUUGCGCAACUUCGUAGUUUUUGCGUGCUGCGACCUAUAUAAGCAGUGAUGAUUUUGAUUGGAAUCAGCCAUCGUUCAAGCUCUUGGAGCUUGCUGCACACUCUUGAGGUUUGAUCCAAGUUUGAGGGAAGCAAUACUCGGGAGCGUGACGCUGUUCGGUUAGAAAGGCACAGAUCUUGUUGCAGAAGUUCUUGGAAAGGAGUAAAUGUCGACAGAGCAGACCUGUGUAAUGACGAUCUCGUCGUCGAGCGUAACUAGUACUAGCGUUUGAUUUCAGAGCACAAAUGCUUUGGAAGCAUUGAGCCCCUGAACGUGUUGCCGCAUGUGUACGACUGCUGAAGUAAUGAUUCGAAUUGGGCUGACUUUGUCUCGAAUUCGCUGAGAAGCUUCGUAGUCGGUUUCUUCGAGAUUUGGAAGGCUUUUUCGGAGGUUUUCUGCAUGGAAGGUGCUGGAUUGCAAUAAGCAUUCAACUCAAGUCUAUCAUCUCCUGCCACUAAGAUGCAUGAUUUUCUAUCUUCACUAAGCUGCUUUUGCUCUGCGAGCAUCGAAUCCUCUUUCGACAGCCUCUACGGGUCUCAGCAAUUGUUGUGUCGAGCGAGGCUGUUCUUGUAUUCUUUGUUCCUCCUCGAAACCUACUUGAUGGGGCUUGUAUGGACCCUGAUGUUGCAUGAUUGUGGCUAUUGUUGGCAGACACCGAUACACAUUUGGAAGUCUGCGGAGGUUUUCGACUGAGAGCUGAAGCUCAUCGGCAACUCGAGAACGGAAAAUUCUCUCAAAUACAGUGACAGUCUAGUGCUCUUAACAGAUCUCAAGAUCGACUUUCAUUUUCCGUGGAAUAGGUUAUACUCUUGUACAUGUACUCAUGGCUUUGCACCUGAAUUCAAGUCAAGGUUGGAACGAAAUCAGGAGAGGGAAGAGCCACACCUUAAGUCCUCAUCCUUUUGCAUCGAGGAUGGGCAAUGAGAGUUCUACGAUUGAGAGCUUUUCUACCGAGUUCAGACGCGACAGGUCCAAUGUCAGGCCAUACGUGCGGUCAAGCGCACAGAAGUUGAAAUGGACGCAGGAGCUUCACGAAUGUUUUAUGUGUGCUGUCUUUCAACUGGGCGGUCAAGAUAAAGCCACGCCGAAGAAGAUACAACAACACAUGAAUAAGGAAGGGAUUACCAUCGCACACAUCAAAAGUCAUCUUCAGAUGUAUCGAAGUGGGAGGAUCAAUACAGAUGGGAUGCCAAAAUCUGAUUUUAAAUCAUGGCAAGGAGGACGAUGGCUAGUUAACAGUGGUGAGAAGCAGGAUCGUCUCGCAAUUGGCCAGGAUCCCACACAUUCCGCAUCAAAGCUUGAAGAGUUAUCACGAAAUUUGGAGUUAGAACCAGCUGCAGCGCUCAUCCAACUAAAGACAGGACGCAAUUCGGAGUUGUUGAGGGGAACCCUUGGUAAUCACGGUUUCCAGGGGCAUAUGGGGGAGAAAUCUGGAGGAAGAAUGCAGCUGGACUACGUUACUAUGUCAGGCAUAAACGAGAAAACCCCACAAUUCAGAGAGAACGGUGAGCAAGAAUCUUUUGAGCACACUCUCGAUGAAACCCCUAAUUAUCGGGUCCCUCCAUCCUUGAAACCAUUCAUCAGUGACAAUUCUGAGGACAGCACCAAUUCCCUGAGCACCAGAAAAAGGAAAGCCAAGGGCAUCGAGUUCAAUCUCACAAUGCCCAACAGGUCACUGCGUCCAAGCUUCAGUUUACCCUGCCCUUCUACUGUAGUGGAACCUUCACUACGUCUUGCUCUUUCAUCCAUGAUGUAACAUGUGAAUUUAUGUUAUUCCUUUGUUUAACUUCUACAGGUUAGGAAAGGUGUACCUUGGCUCUCAUCUUUAGAGCCCUCGACGUAUUAAAGGUGAGAUGAGGGAAAGUUGGGAUUGCAAAAAUCUCUAGAAAGGGAAACGGAUUUGUUUAUAUCUAUGUCAAAAGUGUAGAUAAUUAACAGGAAUACACGACCUCUAAGUCUUUGUUGCUGAGUUGACAAAACAAUGUUCACAUGUUAAAUAUUUGAAUAUUGAAUAUAAAUACUUUAUUGUCAAUUAUUUCUA